AUGCUGGCGUGUACGGAGAUGAUCACUAUGUGUCUGCAGUCGGCGAAGCAGCAGCAGCAGCAGCAGCAGCAGCAGCCGCCGCCGCCGCCGCUGCAGGGCACCGCGCACGGGCUGCCCAUCUUCCACGAUAUUUUUCGGCGAGCGGACAAAAAUGAUGACGGCAAACUGUCCUUCGAAGAGUUCAACGCGUAUUUUGCAGAUGGAAUCCUGACGACUGAAGAGCUGCAGGAGCUUUUCUUCUCCAUAGACGGACGACAGAACAACAACCUUGACACGGACAAGCUAUCAGACUACUUCUCUCAGCACCUGGGAGAGUAUAUGAACGUCCUUUCAGCUCUGGAGAGUCUGAAUGUUGCUAUUCUGAAGGCAAUGGAUAAAACUAAAGAGGAGUACCAGGGGUCCAGUGUGCUUGGUCAGUUUGUCACCCGGUUUAUGCUGAGGGAGACAACCAGUCAGCUGCUGUCUCUCCAGAGGUCCCUGCAGUGUGCCAUGGACGCUGUACACACACACGCCUGUGGUGGUAGGAGGGAGGUGAAGGCUGCAGAGCUGACAACUGUACAGAAGAAUGGCCAGAGGUGUGGUCAGCGGCUCCACAGUAUCCCCUGCCUGUCCCCAUCAGACCCCUUCUCAGGGAUCCUGAACACAGGUGUUAACAUGGAGAACGGAGAAAACUGGUGCUCUCAAAUGAACAGGCUGCAGCAACUUCUAGACAACCUGGAGUAUCAGAGUCCCAAGCUGGAGCCACGGAAAGAGGACACGCUGGCCAGUACAUACAAGUCUAACAUCCUGCUGGUGCAGAGGCAGCUGACUGUGAUGGAGGAAAACCUGGAGAAGUUCCAGAAGGUUCUGAACAGCUACACUGAUGCCACGGCAGCCCACUCGGACAACCUGCACGUGUCCGUUCAGAGACUCCCAGGGAAGUCUUGUUUCAUAAUGUAUGAGUUCUGGCAAGACCGCAUCUCCUGGAUGAGCUACCUGCAGUCCAACAGCAGUAAGAACUUCCAGCGCUGCAUCAUUGACAUGCUGGAGGAUUCUGAAGCAGUGACCACUAUGCUGCUCCCAGCCUCCUGGUGGAUUAUGACUAACAACUAA